CCGUUGCGCGCAUGUCUCAGCGUCCCCGGCAGCGGCAGAGCAGCCAGGUUGUCAGCAGUAGCAGCACUCAUGGCUGGUCCCCUGUGGCGGGUCUCAGCCUUCAUACAGAGACACAGGACAGCCCUUUUGGUGAGUUCCUGCGCAGGCCUGUUUGGAGCUCAAAUCUCGUACCACGUCUUCCCGGAUCCCAUGGUCCAGUGGCUCUACCAGUACUGGCCUCAGGGUCAACCGGCCCCACUCUCCUCAGAACUACAAAGCCUCUUCGAAGAGGUCCUGCAGGACAUGGGCGUUCCCUCUGACCACUGCUAUGAGCCCUUCACCACCUUUACCUUCCAGCCUGUGAGUGCCGGCUUCCCAAGACUCCCUGCUGGGGCUGUCGUAGGCAUCCCUGCCAGCUUCGUUGGUGGCCCAGUAACCAACACUGAUCAUCCUGUGGUCAUACACGGGCAAAGAGUAGACUGGCAGACCCCAGCAGGCACCCGGCUAAGAGAUGCCUUGACCCUAUCUCAUGACGCCCAGAAAUUUGCCUUGGCCAGAGAGGUGGUGUACCUGGAGAGCAGUGCAGCUGCCCUGCAGGCCCUGCCAGCCCCAGCUUGCCUGGCAGGAACCUGGGCACUGAGUGUGGGUGCCAAGCAUGCACUAGGGCUCUAUGGAGGCCCCAUGAACAUACGAGCUGCCUUCAACUUGGUGGCAGCAGUGGCAGGCUUUGUGGCCUAUGCCUUCUCCAUGGACUCUCUUACUCAUGCCCUGGAAGGUUGGCUGGACCGCCGCACGGCCUCCCUGUCUGCAGCCUAUGCCCGAGGUGGAGUGGAAUUCUAUGAGAAGGUUCUGUCAGGCAACCUGGCCCUGCGCAGUCUCUUGGGCAGACAUGGGGAGAAGCUGUAUACACCCAGUGGGAACGUUGUCCCCAGACACUGGUUCCGCAUCAAGCAUUUACCCUACACAACCCGCCGGGACUCUGUACUGCAGAUGUGGAGGCUAACCUUCAACCCAGGCCACUCCUGAGGUGCUCAUCACCAGGACAGUUCCAGCUCAUGCAAACACCACCCUGGCAUUGACUGGGGGAAUCCCUUAGGACUUCUGGACCCACAGCCCACAAUCAGAAAAAUGAUAGGCUUUGGAGUUAAAUAGUCUAGAGUCUACCCUCUCCUGCCACUUAUGAACUCAGUGACCUUGGGCAAGGUCCCUUUAUGAACCUGAGCCUUGGUUUUCUCAACGGUAAUGUGAAGAGGAUGUAAACUAACUCACGGGAUUAUAGGGUUGUGUGAAGUCAUGAAUAGGAGGACCUGGCAGAAAGAGUACCAUAAAUAAACAGGACACCACUCCUUUAUCUUUGAAUUCCAUUGGUUGUAGGAGUCAGGCCUCAUCUUACCAACUAAAGCUGCUGGUAGUAGUCAGCCCUUUCCUAUGGUGAAGAACCCUCCUCCAUCUCCCUAAUGGUCAAAUUCCAAUCUUUCUCCUCCACUGAGGUAGAGGUUAAAAGAUUUAAGAGGAUAAAAUGUGACUUUGGUGAGGUUUUCAGGGUAGCGUGCCAGUAGGGUCCUAUGGAUGCAAAUGGCACACCCAGAGAAGGGAAACCAAUGACGUGAUGGGGCACUGGGAAAGGCACUUGAAGGUGUUCCUGAAACAUGGCAGGAGCUCUGCCUGAGGUGGAGGAAAGAACAAAUGGUUACAAAACUGAGGCUCUGCUGGGGAGUCCAAAGCAGUCAGCCUCCUGGGGUGCAGAGCAUGUCAGGGCUUAGACAGCAGCGGGAGUUAAGUGGGGCAACUUUGCUUGGAGAGGACUGGGGAGAACAGGGUGGAGGCAGGCAGUGAACCAGGCACGUGUCACAGGAUCCAUGGGGCACUGUAUCCCUUGAACCGUUGUUUCCCUUGAACCUUCUGGUGGUACAGAAAGCAGCCCCCCAGCUUGAUCUUUGGACAGGAGACCCCUAUCCUAAGGGCAAAGUGAGGAGAGCUGUAAUCAGAGAUGUGACCAAGACUAAAUUGGCCAUUCAUGUCAUCCUUUCAUUGGAAAUUAUGUUUUUCCUGGAAGAGUGUUAAGAAUUCAGGCCUGGUGCCAGUAUAAUUCAGGACAAAGGGAUUAGGCCACACCCAGGGAAGGGCACUCAGUGGUGGCGACAGUUCCUGGCAAGAGACCUUGAGAGAAGAGUAAGCCAGGGUGGGCAUGGCACACCCUCCUGCUAGAGCCUCAGGGGCAUAGGCUGGAGCUCAGUGUGCUAUGCCAGGCUGCAAGUACCUCUGCCAGACCUGGGCUGGCUGAGGACAGGGGACCCCUGCUCAUCUCACAGGUCCCUGGUGCCUAGAACAGCAUAGGGCGUGGGCUUGAUGAGUACAGAGAUAGAUGAGGUAGAACUAGGUGAGUGAGAAUCCACCCUGGCAGAUACCAUUUCACAGGGCUCCUUGGGAUAUCACCUAGCUUUGCUGCUGCUGUACAUCAAGGACCAUAAGGCCAUGGGGGUCAAAUAUAGAGUCUGAAUUUGAUGGAUUCCACCUUCUCACCCAUCUACUUUUCAUCUUGGCAGGCGCCAAGUUGGCAGCAUCAGGCCUUCAUGCUGAUCUGCCUAAACAGGAAGGUAAGUGCUAUGAUUUGGAUGUGGUUUCUCCCCCAAAGGUUCAUGUGGUAGAAGUUGCUCUGUGCAGCAGUACUAAAAAGUAGAACUUCAGUAGGUGGGACCUAGUGAGGGAUAAUUAGGUCACUGGGGGCAUCACCCUCAGAAAGUAUUAAUACUGGUCUCUGGACGUGAGCUCUGGUGAGAGCAAGCUGUUAUUUAAAAAUAAUAAGACUGGCCACCCGCCACCCACACUUCCUGUCUUGUCAUGUGAUCUUUCCUACUUGAAUGCACUCCCACCAUUAUGAUGCCAUCUGCCCUCACCAGAGAUGAGAAACUGGUCCCAUGUUCUUGGACUUCCAGAAUAGCAACUAAAUAAACCUGUUUUCUUUAUAAAUUACUCAGCUUCAGGUAUUUUGUUAGGAAAACAGAAGAUAAACUAAGAAAGGUAGCCCCAGUAUGGGGCAGAGUAAACCCCAAAACAGUUGCUUACUCUCUCCCUCCACUCCCAAGUCAAAAUCUUUGUCUCCACCCAUGGGUUCUUCUUAGUCCCCACACAUGCUUUACAUGCCACCUACCUCCAAAAACUAGGCUUCCAAAGCCUUCACCCUGUGUGUUGUGUGUAUGUGUGUUGCCCCUUCACACCACAGCUACACAUAACAUGCUUCUUCAGACACAGCCAGAACACAAAACAGAGUUCCAGAGUCAUCCUGAUCCUGGCUGGUCCCACUGUCUCUGUCCCUUUUGGCGUCCACAGUGCAGGGCCCAAUCUGAAGUUGAGCACACACAUGGAGGCUAUUGCAGCACAUGAAGACUGGGGAGGGUAUAUAGUAGAUCAGUUCCCAGGCUAGGGAUGAAGUUCAGUGGUAGGGCACUUGCCUAGCUGCCUAGCAUGUAAGAGGCCCUGAGUUCAGUUCCCAGAAUGGCAAAAAAGAUAAAUAAAUAAAUAAAAA